GAGGGACCUGUUCUUGUGUGGUAAAGCUGUGCACCAUUCAAGACGUAACCAGAGAGGAGAAACGCGGGGGGCGAGUACAACCUGAUCUAGAGGAGCCGGUGAACGGAGACACACACCGGGGAAAGGGAGCACAGGCAGGGGGUUCCAGGCAGAGUGAGAGAUCCGUGCAAGUGAAGAAGAGCCUUCAAGAACGGGGGACGCUGAAGAUAAGACAGAUAGGUCAUUUGCAGUGAAGUGAAUCGUGCUGGGGUGACAAUAAUUGGACUUGCAGUGGAGCGUCCAGAGCAUUACGCACGAACGCACCAUUGAAAGAUGAACCAACUUUUACGCACGGACCUUUGGAGAUGCGAGUUUUGCACUUAGGAGGAAAAAUGCUGCAAGUUUCAAACAGGAGCUCUUUAUCUGAGGAUUUUUAACUGGAGUUUUUGAAAGCAAAGGUUAACGAAACAUUCUUUUAAAUCACACAUUUGGAGACAUUAUUGGAACCCUAGAGUGGGCUCACUAAGACCCUCUCCAAUUGCAGACUGAUAUAUCAGAAACACAUUGUGUAGCUAUAGCCUUCGUGUGCUGAAGAAACCUCAUUACGCACCUGUCCCGCUUCACCCUGACGUCUCUUUGAGUGAGUUUUUUUCAAAACAGCAGCAUGGACAGAGUCAGACGUCUCGCCUGCGUGUGAGUCACCAUGAGCAAACAUUUGGACACGCUGCGCUUAUAAGCAGUGACACAUUUGAGGAUACUUUUACAGUGCGAGCCUUGCACAAGAGCGCAGCACACGACACACCGGGACGAGGCUGUCGGUGCAGUCGGGGGGAAUUGGACGCCGAGGUGCUAAAUGCCCAGCCGGUCGCUUGCGGCUCCUCAGGCUGGGCGGCAACAUGAGGUCCUGGGUCCUGCUGCUGCUACUGGCUGCGCUCUCAGCGGCCCGGCUGCGGCUCAGCAGCGCUGAGGGUGAUCCUCUUCCCAUGUCGCUGGUCGACCUGGUGAUGGACUCUCCCAUCUCCUCUGUAGAUGACCUGAAGCUUCUACUGCAGCAGGAGACAAAUCUAAUAGAAGAGGAAGAAGACGAGCAUGACAUACCCUCAAACCACACCCACGGGCGAUACAUAAGAAGUCUUGUGGAGGCACCGAUGGCUCAGCCGGCGGCGUGCAAAGUUCGGACAGAGGUGAUGGAGGUGACGAGGUCGAUGCUAGAUCGCCGAAACGCCAACUUUAUGUUAUGGCCGCCCUGCUUGGAAGUGCAGCGGUGUUCUGGAUGCUGCAACACCAGGCUGCUGCAAUGUGUGCCCACUGUCACCUCCAGCAGAUACAUUCAGGUGAUCAAGAUCCAGUAUGUGAACAAGAAACCCCGCUAUGACAAAGCCAUCAUCUCAGUGGAGGAUCAUGUCUCCUGCAGGUGCCAAGCUCCUUCAUCCCCCUCAUCUUCCUUGCCUGUUCCCAUGCCUCGGUCUUCCACUGUGAGCAACCCCAACCCACCUCUACAGCAGCAGCCUCCACCAUCCUCCCACAUCCUGCGGCCGGUCCAACCCGUUCCAACAAAGACUCAGACGUCCAAGGCCGACCUCCAUCGACACGACGACCUGAAGCACAACCAGCAGCACCACCACCCUGAGGAGCGUGAGUCGGUGGCGAAACAGUGGCAGCAUGGCAGCUACACCCAGCUGGUGCACUGGACACAACCCAGGGUGCACCAGACGCCAACACACGUUCAGCCAAGGGUGCAGCAACCAAUUGCUGGAGGGCUUACACCGGUCAGCAGCUGGCCGUCUGAAGCCAGGGCAGAGCAUAGCAUCAUGGGAAGUACACAACCUGUCGGGCAUGGGAGUGGGUAUGAUGGAAGCAAGGAGGAGAGUGGCGUACAUGUAGCAAACAGCGGAGCUGGUGUGCAUCAUUCAGAUCACAUGCAAAGGCAGCAACAGUUGUUGCAGCAUCAGCAAAGACAGCAGCAGCUUCAGCAGCAGUACCAGUAUCAUCAGCAGCCGCAUUAUCCAACGCAAUACAACCCCGGAGCAGCACAGGACCAAGAGAUGAGGACACAAUAUCGCCUCAAUGCUCCACAAUCAGACAGCGCCUCUCCACCUGCCAGCCCAACCAGGCUGCCCACAUUAGAACUCAACCCCACCCUUCCUCUGACCACCAAACAGAGAGACUCAGUGACCAGCCAAAAAACGACAGAGGUCACAAAUCACAGACAGACUGAGACUGCAACAGCCAGUCAGAAAGAAGGGAGCGAAAGAGAGGAGAGUGGGUCAGCUAAUAGUGGGGCCGGGGCAGAGCUGGCCAGUCAGGGGAAGGAAAGAGACUCAAAAGUGACCAGUGGGUACGGUCACUUAACAGAGGAGGAGAGGAGACGGCUGACUCUGGAGACAAUACAACAGGAGCUGGAUCGAGAGACACAUCUUCAUCCACAUCAUCCUCAGCAGAGACCAAAACCGACAACAUUUAAAACAGCCCUCUCCACACCGUCUCCUGUGUUGACAUCAGCCCGCCAAGCCCCGUUUAGACCAGCCUCACCUCGCCGCCGCAGAAGGAAACACCGCAAGCGCAUCAGCAAAUCAGCCAUGAGAGCCAUGAUCAUGUAGAGCUGAAGGGAAUGGUAAAGCUUACCAAGAGCUUUGGCAAGACGUAUUGCACCAAAGGAACAUGGAGAAACUUGUGAUUUCUGAAUGUGGAAAGAGUGAAUCUGUGGAUGGAUGCAGAGGUUUUGGACACUGCUGCUCUUUUCAGUGGAGAUCUUCAGAGAGUCACCUUUCCUGCUCCAGAGCUGCCGCAGAGCGUCCAGCUUCCUGGAUACAAUAAAAGUGCAAUCUUAUGAACUCUUUGGAAUGGAGGAUAUUUAUCACACUAACACUGGAAGUUAUUUGUAUGAACCACAAAUCCAGUUAAUAUGGAUCGAUUGAAGCUUACUGGACUCCCAGAGCUAGACUGGUUGUCACCUCUGCAGCCAUUGACUGGCUGCUUGAACACUUGUGACUUCUAGCUCAACUACUGAUUGGUCCUCAAACGGAGGACCAUGACUUGGACUAAGAAUGACUGAAUGUGGAGCUCAAGAUAAAACUGAAGUGGUGGAGAACUGGAUUUCUACACUGGGAAAAUAACUGGAAACUGGAGUGUGCAGCUGAGGCCUCGAUGCCAAACAUUACUGUUAUCCUACCAUGUCUGAAUCUAACUGUAUCUAACACUGGAGUAGCCAAACACUGACCAUACUACAUUGACUAGAGAAGUGCUCUACUGUGUACUGUAGCGUAAUGUACUGGAAAAUAUUGAUAACCUGCUCGUUUUGUACUACUGCCAGAUCCAAAUGGAGUAACAACCAAAUGCCUGCCUAGAUAACAUGCUAUGAAUAUCCACAUUAAAGCAAGUCUUAAAGACCUGGCCUUUAGAGAUCGCUGUGAGCCAGUUAUAGCCAACACUGUAUGUACAAAUGCUUCUAGAAAAUUAUUUCAGGGGGGGGGGGAGAAGAAAAACUUUAUUUCUUAACUUAUUUAAAAAAAGGAGGAUGUGAAGUCCUCCAGUUCUCAAGUGUAAUUAUUGUUGCGGACAUGUCUCAGAUUAUAAUUAUUGGUUGUACAACUGUUACUCUUAUGAAUGUUAUUUUUAAUAAAAAAUAAAAAUAUCCAACAAAUACA